UUAACACAUUCGUUGCUGCAAUUAAUGUCAAUGACGAGACGUUAAACGAAAAGUUGAUAAAACAUUAUUUUUUUAUAAAAUUUAUUUGUUCGGUUAUUUUUGAAUAUAUUAUUUAUUUUCAUUUUUUUAUUCGCUUGACUAAAAUCUGUUACUAAGAUAAAAAAAACAUCAUCACGUAUAUUGAACAUUAAAAAAAGCAGCUUGUUGUGAAGCGGAGGAAAAAAAUCACUUUAUGUGCAACCUGAGCAUGGAAAACGCAUUUUUGUUAGUGGUGCCGGACGAAAAUUACGGAAAAUUCCAACAUAUUCAACAAUUGAUCGACUAAGGGCAGAAAAACAAAACGUAUAAAUACCGUUCGGAUUUUUUUUUUUAAAUUGACACAAAUGUAAGCCGUUUCUUUUAAACAACAACAAAAACAAGCGCUCUCGUCCCAACAACACACCUCUAUAUGGGUUAAUCAACGUUUCCAUCAACUCUUUUCGACUUCGUAUGGAGCGAUCAAACAAAUUUGUACAUUUUUUUCACCAGAAUCAGUUCAUGAUGAAGAACGACAAUGAAUUUCCAUCCAAAUUGGGAUAUGAGGACUUGGACUUGGAAAGUGGAUAUUACGAUAGCAGUAAUUAUGAAUCAACAAAUGUUGGAUUUUUUGGGCAAAGAUCGUUUAUAACUCACCAUUUAAUUAGAGAUGUUGAUGAUCGAACUCCUUUGCUGAAUAGGCCGCAUCGUUUGCGACCAAAUUGCAUAGAUGCCCGAGUGUUUUCACUUGGUGUAUUAUUUAUUGGUGGCAUAACAGUUGGCACUUAUUUGCUUCGUCAACAAGAUCGUCCAUGGCCAAUGACUACUGCGGGCGUAUGGCUUGAUUUGGUGACUCGCGAAGAUUGGGGAAGUGAACUUCCUACUGGUCGUCGUCUUUCAAGCAAUAAUGUAUCGCAUGUACUUCUACAUCACACAUCCACUGAGAAUUGCUGGGAUUUAUCAAAGUGUAUAAUGUUUCUGCACAAUUAUCAGAAAAUGUGGCACCACAAAGAAAACAUCGAUAUUCCGUUUAAUUAUUUGAUUGGCGGUGAUGGUCGAGCAUAUGAAGUGAGAGGAUGGUCUUUUGAAAGUGAUCAUUCGCCUAUUCACCGAAAUACCAGUUUGUCGAUUGCUCUUAUCGGGAAUUUCACCGAAACAGUUCCAUCUGUAAAACAACUCAAUGCGGUAUGGGCUUUAUUGUUGGAGCUAAAGUUUCAAAAGAAAAUAUCCAGGAAUUGUCAUAUCGUAGGCGUAAGUGAACACAAACGAGCACAUCAUGACGGCGCUGCUUUAUUCCGAGAAUUUUCAAUGUUUUUAACUCGACAAACAUCUAAAUGGGAGUGUUGGGACGAAGUUUAUAGCGUUUAUUAGACCAAAAUCAUGACAAUUUUAUUCAUAAACAUACAUUUUUUUAGAGAUUUGGUUUUUCAUACUGUAAAAUAAACCACGACUAAAAUACAGA